AUGAUGCGUGCCUUCGCGUGUCUAGCCGCGCUGGUCGGCAUUAAGGUGGUGACGUCGCACCCUCUCUGCUUUUUUGACGACAGACCGACGGACUAUAACGAGGUCUUGACCUUCUGCGACACCUCGAUCGCGGCGUACGGCGCUUGCUGCACGGACGAUGAGGAAGUCCAAGUGAUGAAAGACUUCAGCGGUGUGACGCCGGAAGGGGUGGAGCUCACUGGUGAUUGCUCUAAUCUCUACAAGGAGGUGGUGUGCGGAAGGUGCCACUCCUUCAGCGCGCACCUGUACGAGAACCUAGCGCCAGAGCUCGGCCUGCUCGACGGCAUGACCAUGAAGAGCGACUUCUGCAACGAGCUGCUCACCGCGUGCGGCGGCCAGAUCAACUUCCCGACGUACGACAACAACACCGUGGACUACUGCACAAAGCACACCGGCGGAGGGGACGACUUCUUCUGGUCGUACCCCUACGAGGAAGCGAUUUCCGACCCGCGGUUUCUCAACGAGGUAUUCCCGGACCUGGGCGACAACCAACAGCCCGAUGACACCGUCAGCAUGAGACAGACUCCGGACGGCAGCCAAUGGUGGUUGCUGGGCAUCUCGGGACAAAUCUACGCGGGUCUUCUGGACCUGGCAUUCGGGCCCAUGUUCGGCGACGACUCCUACCCGCAGUACUUCUACGUCAGCUACACGGUCCUGCUUGACGACGGCGAGAACCAACGCAACCGGCUGGCCAGGUUCACGUACGUCCCGGGGGACCCGGUCGCCACUCGCGCCACGGAGGAGGUUUUGCUGACGACCGUCCCCAAGUACAACAGCGUUCACUCCGCCGGGUGGCUUGGCUUCAAGCCCUCGGUCUACGGCAGCGCCGAGAUCUGCGCCAUCGGUCUCCGCAACCCGUGGCGGUGCAGCUUCGACCGCUUGAACGACGACCUCUACUGCGGUGACGUCGGACAAAUCUCGGUCGAGGAGAUCAACUUUAUCGAGUGCGGCAACAACUACGGGUGGUCGAGGUUCGAGGGCUCCCGCUGCCAGGAGGCCGUUCAGGACAACGAGUUCAACCCCCCCUGCGACGGCGUAGACCGGUCCGACUUCACCUACCCACUCUUCGAGUACUGCCACCCGGACUUCGACUCUACAGACGCGGACGAGCAGGAGUUCACCGGGGGCGCCGACACCUGCGGGAACCGGUUUGUGGUGGGGAACUGCGUCAUCGGGGGCUACGUGUACCGCGGAAACUUCUUCUCCGACCUUUUGGACGGCGCCUACAUCUUCGGGGACAGCACCAUGAGGAACAUCUACUUCCUGAAGGAAGAGGAGGACGGCUGGGCGGUUGGGACAAUCGUCAGCGACGCGAGCGUGCAGAUCAUCAGCUUCGCCGAGGACGUCAACGGUGAGAUCGUGCUGCUCGACUACAAUCACGACAUCUAUCACAUGCCCUGCGGCGACCUCUGCGUCACCACCUGCCUCGACCAGGCCGAGGACCAGCCCGCCUACGAGUCGCUAGGGUGCUUCGCCGACGAUGUCAAUGACCGCGCGCUGCCCACCGAAGCCGACAACUGCGGCGUGGGAGAGACGGCCAUGAGCCCUGCGAUCUGCGCGUCCUACUGCGAGACGUUGGGCUCGACCUUCUUUGGCGUGCAGUACUCCUUCCAGGCCUACCCGGACGAAUUCUGCGGUGGAUUCAGCACCAUGGAGGUCUUCACGAUCGAGGAUCCCCUACCGACCGAGGCCCCCGCGCCCACGCCCUUGAUGAACCACUCGACCACAGCGCCGGGUGCCACCCCUUCGCCCACUACCACCACGGUUGGGCCGGUCCUCGUCGGGCCCUCCACGGCCCCUACGACCCCGGCCCCCCUGGACGCCGGGGUCGCCGGCUACCUGGGCUGCUUCGCGGACGCGGAGGCCCCCCGCGUGUUCCCGGAGACAGGGAUGACGGGGUCGAACACCAUGACCACGGCGACGUGCGCUGGGCUGUGCUCCGACUACGCCUACUACGCCACUCAGUACGGGAGAGAGGUGUACUCGACCAGCUCCGACCCGACGGAGACACCGGCGCCCGUAGCCGAUAACGCGUACCUCGGAUGCUUCGCCGACUCGACUACCGACCGUGUCUUGUCCGUCGUCAUCGACUCCGGCAGCAUGACCACGGCGAUCUGUGCGGACACUUGCGCUGAAUAUGCCUACUAUGGCACGCAGUACGGCAGGGAGAUCUACUCGACCGGCUUGGUGGUGGAAACCCCGUCCCCCGUCCCGGACGUAGAAACCCUGUCCCCCGUCCCGGACGUAGAAACCCCGUCUCCCGUCCCGGAUGUAGAAACCCUGUCUCCCGUCCCGGAUGUAGAAACCCCGUCGCCCGUCCCGGAUGUAGAAACCCCGUCUCCCGUCGCACCUACCGAGCCCGGGUACCUCGGAUGCUUCGCCGACUCGACAACCGACCGUGUCUUCUCCGUCGUCACCGGCUCCGGUAGCAUGACCACGGCGAUCUGUGCGGACACUUGCGCUGAAUAUGCCUACUAUGGCACGCAGUACGGCAGGGAGAUCUACUCGACCGGCUUGGUGGUGGAAACCCCGUCCCCCGUCCCGGACGUAGAAACCCCGUCUCCCGUCCCGGAUGUAGAAACCGCGUCGCCCGUCGUAACCACCGAGCCCGGGUACCUCGGGUGCUUCGGCGACUCGCAAACCGGCCGUGUCUUCUCCGUCGUCACCGGCUCCGGUAGCAUGACCACGGCGAUCUGUGCGGGCACUUGCGCUGACUAUGCCUACUAUGGCACGCAGUUCGGGAGGGAGGUCUACGGCACUGCCUAA